GUAGAAUAAUAAAAGUUUCAUCAACAUUGAUAAUUAUUUUUAAUGGGUUUUUUUUUUAUUUUUUAAAUAAUAUAUGGACUACAAUAUGCAAAUAAUCAUAUACAUAAACAAAUGAUGAUGGUUCCAUGCAAUAAGACACAUGAAAGAAGAAAAAAAUGAAAGAAAAAUUGUUGGUGAAUGAUGAAUUGAUGAUAAGAUGAUAUGAUUCGAUGAUGAUCUCCGUCACUUUUCGUGCCGCUGUCUUUCCUACUCUUUUUCAGUCUGUCUGUCCCCCUUCCUUCUCUUUCCUCAUAUCCCCACUGCCCUCCUCUCUCCUCCACUCUAUCUCUGGGUUUUGAUUUUUGAGUUUUGAUUUUGGUAUUUAUUUUCUUAUAUGGAAUUCAGUGAAUGAUUUUCAGUGAUAUGGAGAAAGCUUUGGAACUCAAUCUUGUUCCCUUGGUCGGAAAAGAACAUAUCUUGGUGUAACAAGAAGGAGAAGAAGAGGUUGCUGGAGUUCAUAGCUGCUUGAAUCUGAGGCCAAGAUAAAAGAGAGAGAUAGGUAUAUCAACAGAGAGAUGGGAUCUUUCAAGGGUCAUGCUUUGCCAGGGACUCUGUUUCUGAUGAUUGGCGUAUGGCACAUAUGGAGUUGUGUGGUUCGAUAUGUGUCGAACCCCAAGUCUUUUCAGGUCAGGGUGUGGAACCCAGUUCCUGGUUUUGAUGGGAAGUUGAAGUACUUGGAGCUUUAUGUUGUAACCAUUGGUGCUUUCAUUGAUUUGUGCAUCGAGCUUUUGUAUUCGACCCACCUCAAGUUUUUUGUCAAUGGAGUCUUGAAUCCAUCACACUUGAAUGAUUUUGAGCAUUCCGGGAUGCUUCUCAUGUUUUUCCUCCUAGGUGCCAUCGCUCUGCUCUCAGAGAAAACGAGUUUCGUUUCCUUACCACAAGAAGCCCUUUGUCUUAUUGCGGCAGCAGCAUUCUGUGCAGAGUAUCUGCUAUUCUACUUUCACUCAACAACUCAUAAGGGCCUCGAGGGAUACUACCAUCUUGUGCUUGUCCUUUUAAUAGGACUUUGCAUCUUAACCACUGUUGCUGGAGCUCUCUUCCCGAACAGCUUCCCUGUUGAUUUGUGUAGUGGAAUUGCCAUAACUCUCCAAGGGCUCUGGUUCUAUCAGACUGCUUUCACCCUCUAUGGCCCCAUGAUGCCUGAUGGUUGUCAGCUCAAGUGGAAUGCAAUCUAUUGCCGUUCAACAGAUAGUGGGGUCCGAGGCGAGUUGCUUGCUAACUUCCAGCUCUUCUCUCUGGUACUGGGUGUCCUUGUUGCUGUUGUGGGAUCAUAUGGUUUUGCAGCUUCAAGAUAUGGGAAUUCUGAUCUUGGAAGCAUGCAUUCAGUUCAGGACGGAUGAGAAUGAGAUGGAGGCAGGGUAUUCAGUCUUAAAAUUUUGGAUUCAAAUUCAUUUUAGUCUUCUUGUUCAUUAUCUUUUAAUGGCAUUAUAGCUGAAGGUAGUAAGUUUAGCUGCUGUUUCACAGGUUUCCGGUCCAUAUCCUGGGAGAGGUGAACGUGAUGGGAAGGACUGUAACUUUAGCAAUUGUUAGCAUUCAUGUAUAAGUAUAAACAGGAAUAAUAAUGUGAUUUACAAGGAGAAAAAAAUCAAUUACACUUCAAUUCAAUAUUCUUUUUCAUGCUGCUGGCUAUGGUGACUAA